CUUUUGAAUCCUUUAUAAGACAGAGUGGCAACCCAGAGCCAACAUUACUAUUUUACCUGGAAUCUCCUCAGCUAUUUUUCCUUUACCUAGCUGAGAAAACUAUAAAGGUUUAAAAUGAGCCUUACAGACUAUCUAAGCCCUUCUGAUAUUGCUGCUGCUCUGCGGGACUGCCAAGCUCCAGAUUCCUUUAGUCCCAAAAAAUUCUUUCAGAUCAGUGGGAUGUCUAAAAAGAGUAGCAGCCAAAUCAAGGAGAUCUUCCGGAUUCUCGACAAUGAUCAAAGUGGCUUUAUUGAGGAAGAUGAGCUCAAGUAUUUCCUUCAGAGGUUUGAGUGUGGAGCCAGAGUGUUAACCACCUCAGAAACCAAGACCUUCUUGGCAGCUGCAGAUCAUGAUGGGGAUGGUAAAAUUGGGGCUGAAGAAUUCCAGGAAAUGGUGCAGUCUUAGAGGUUCAAAAGGACCAAACAAGAUAGAAUUGAGAUGAAUCUGCAAGAGACACUCCAAAACCUUGAAAAUCAGGAGCCCCUUAUUUAUCUUGACAGUAUCUGUUCAUUGCCUUAGCAACAUAAUGAAACACUGACUGAUUUUUUUCAUUGUGUGGACCAUUUACCAUAUUCUAAACUCUACUUUAGCAGACAAUUCCCUUAAAAAUAUCCAAUAAAAAUUAAU